UUUUACCAAACUAUUGUUCUCUCUAUCAUUCUAUAAAUCAUUCUGUCAUUCUCCAUCUCUUUCUAUCUGUCAUUUCCUAUCAUUUUAUCUUUUUGCCGAUCUAAUUAUCUAAGAUUCUAUCCAUAUCUAUACCUUCGAUACCUGAUCUAUCUGUUUAUUUGUUACUGUCUCUUAUUGACUGUGAAUCUGUCUUUCUCCCCAGUCUGGUAUCCAGUCGCUUCUCUCCUCACAUGGUGCCUCAUCCUCCUCAUGGCCUGCACCAGACGGGCAUCCCUCACCCCGCCAUUGUGUCACCUGCCAUCAAACAGGAGCCCAGUGCCAACAACGGCAGCAACUCGACACACGGAAAGCCCUCGGUGCCUGUGAAAAAAGAGGAAGAGAAGAAGCCUCACGUCAAGAAGCCCCUAAAUGCCUUUAUGCUCUACAUGAAGGAAAUGAGGGCCAAAGUAGUGGCCGAAUGCACCCUGAAAGAGAGCGCAGCCAUCAACCAGAUCCUGGGCAGGAGGUGGCACUCUCUGUCACGUGAGGAACAGGCCAAAUACUACGAACUCGCCAGGAAAGAACGGCAGCUGCACUCUCAGCUUUAUCCGGGCUGGUCUGCGCGAGACAACUACGGAAAGAGGAAGAAACGGAAGAGAGAGAAUAAACCUGAUUCCCCACAAGAGAGUAACUUCUCACCCCAGCUCAAGAAGCAGUGCGUCCCGUACCUGCCGUCCGAGAAAAUGUGUGACAGCCCUACCUCCUCUCACGGCAGCAUGCUGGAUUCGCCCGCCACACCGUCAGCCGCCCUGGCUUCACCGGCGGCCCCUGCGGCCACUCACUCAGAGCAAGCUCAACCCCUGUCCCUCACCACCAAACCAGAGGGCAGAGCCCACCACCCCCACUUCCCCCUGCCAGGGAAAGCCCCGGGCUCCAGCUCCAGCUCCACUUCCUCUUCCUCGUCCACCUCCAGCGCCUCCCAUCCGAGCAUCUCCCUCCUGACCCGCCCCAUCCCGUUCACCACCCUGCCUCCCUCCCUGCUCUCCCCGUCCUCACCUUUCCACCAGGCAGCCCUACAUUCCCAUCAUGCCUUGCUGCAGACACAACCUCUCUCUCUGGUCACCAAAUCAGUGGAGUGAAUGAAAAAAAAACGACAAACUUUUUACACUUGUAUAUUGCUUUGUUUUUUACAAUUUUAUAGAUAUUAGACCAAGCUUUUAAGGUAGAAUGAAAAGGAAUAAUUAUUGGUCAAUAUUUGACCACCUCUCUACUUUUCUUUUCUCUUUGAAACAGUUUUUUUUGUUUUUUUGUUUUGUAAAUGGCCUUUUUCCAACGUGAUUCUCCAAUGUUGCUACUUGUAUAAAAGACAAAUGUAUAAAGGUUUCUCUUCUUUUUAUUGUUUUUUUUUAAGCCGUACUUGACAAAAUACAAUUUGUAGUUUUAGUUCAUUUCAAUCUAAUGGUAGUUAGGAGUUUGAUUUUUCAUUACUGCAUUCUCUCCCCUUUUUUUACUUUUAUUUUUCUUCUUUCUUUUGGUACCACCUCACCCUGUUCCUAACCCUGUGUGUGACUCUCCUGAGACUCCAUAGCUAAUAAACCUCAAGUUAUGUCUAAA